CGUGCGCACACUCCCCCCACAAAUCAUUGAGCAGAAUUGUGCAACCGUCCUGUGUUUAAUCAAAUCCACAUUGAGGGACUGGUUAAAUCUUUGCGGAGAUCAGAUCUGCAGCUCAGAGCGCAGUGGGCACCGACAUGGCGGAGCUGAAGUACCUCUCCGGAUUUGGCAAUGAAUUCUCCUCUGAGGAUCUUCGAUGUCCUGGCGCUUUACCUGAGGGACAGAAUAACCCGCAGGUCUGUCCGUACGGUCUGUACGCCGAGCAGCUCUCCGGUUCUGCCUUCACCUGUCCCAGGAGCUCCAAUAAGAGAAGUUGGCUUUACCGCAUUCUGCCGUCUGUCCGCCAUAAACCCUUCCAAGCUUACGAGCAAAAACACCUAACACAUAACUGGGAUGAAGUGGAGCCGGACCCCAAUCAGAUGCGAUGGAAGCCAUUUGUGGUUGGUGAGAAGACACAGGACUUUGUGGAUGUGAGUCAUUUAGAUAGAGAAACAAUCCUCCAGGGUGACUGCUGGGGAUCGUCCACAGAAAGGACCUCAGAGCAGAACUACGGGGGUGAAUUCUCGGGGCUAGGUGACGCCACUACACGCCCAGUGUCCUGCAUCCUUGGCGCUUCUUUCAGACUCACACGACUUCCAGGAAGGUCACCCUGUUUCUUCAUGGCAAUUGCUGCAGGGUCUGUGGUGGAUGGAAGAUGGGGAGCCCUGUGGUAGCAUCCCUGCCACUGC